CGACCCCAAGCGCCGCCGGCCGCCUGGUGUCAGUGUGGGUGCUGCGCUGCCUCCUCCCUCCCCCAGAGGAGCUGUUGCUGCCGGCUGGGCGCCGGCGCCUGCGUCUCCUCGUCGCCGCCGUUCGAGCGGCUGGUGCUGCGUCGCCCCCUGCUGGAGGCCGCUCUGUACCGGGACCCUCUGUCGCCGCCGCCCGCGGGCCGAGGCCCGGCCGCCGCCGCCGCCCUGCGCCGCUGCGCCUACAGUCAGUACGUCAGCUGGAGGUUCGGGGUCCCGCCGACGGCGCCCACCCUGCCACCCAGCUGCUGCGGUUCGAGGGUCCGGUACGAGUACCCGAGCCCGGACGGACGGUACGGCGGCUUCAGGCCCGCCAGGAUGGCGUCCAUGCAGGCCUGCGCCAACGGGGAGCUCUGAGAGACGCUGCUUUUGUGCUAAACCGGCCUCACGAAAAUAAAGCAAUUAUUAAUAAUUGUCAGCUUGUCGGAGGAAGGAGUCGAUAAAUCACUGCGUUUUCUAACAUCUGUAAUUAUGAUCUGAAAUGUCAUGUUUAACUUCAGCGACAUGCUCGGACUUGAAAGCGUUCACAUCCGUCAAAGAUGAGGAUCUUUGUCCUCCGUUGUUUUAAACGACUAAAAGGAGCAAAACCUGCAGCCUCAUCUCGAUUCCUCAAUACGCACGACAACAGAAAUGUAACACGGUUUGGAGUUAUCUCUUGUUUAAUAAAAUAAUUCUCUUUGUA